GUCGAGACAGAACAUGAUACAUCAUAACCUCACAAUUAUUCUAUCUUUAGAUUUUCAGCUUCAACUUUUUUUUCAAAAACUAAAACUGUUUCAAAACAAAUUUUUCACAUGAAUUUUUGAAUUAGUAUAUCAAAUUUUACCAAAAAUGAAUAUCGCCCGUUUAAAUCGGAACCUGACAUCUCGUAUUUUAACAAAAUCAAGAAGUUUGGCAACAACCGCAGUAACAGCACCUCAACAAGAAGAUGAUGAAUACAGUGCCACCCCGCAAUACCCACCAAUUUUGGAUCUUUCAGUAGAGAAAAAACUCGAAAGAAAACGAGCUACAAAAUCUGAUGAAAUUAGAAAUGCUAAAACCGUCGAGGAAAAGCAACUUAAAAUUAAUAUGCCUAGAUACUACGGUUUUAAAAGUUUCAUGUUCUUUGAAGAACAUAUACCUUAUAACAGCUUAUCACUGGCUCAACAUGUAACAAGAACACAUUUAAUUAAAACUAAAGAUUUACCAGAGUAUUACCAAAACAUUGAUGUAGAAGAUUUAGAAAUCAUAUCAAAAGAUGUCCAGGAAACAUUAUUAAUGGAAAUUGAUGGAAUUCAAAGACAACAUCAUCUGAAAAAUGCAGAUUUCACCGAUGUCCAAAAAGAAAACUAUUUGGGUUCUAGCAUUGUGAAAAGCAUUAACAGAGCUUUGAAUAAUGUUUUGGUUCAUAAAUAUCCCCAUAUUGUGAAUAAUGAGAUGGAUUUGGAUCCAAGAAUUGAAUCUUCUUGGGUAGUUGGUGGCAUGGAUCCAGACGAAAGUAUUAAAAAAAUGAGAGGAGGACACGAGUUUCUGAAACAAUUCAAAAAUGAUCCAGUGGAUAAAACAUUUUCCUAUGUAGGAUCUCCAAGUUUAACAAUAAGAGCUGAAUUACCGUUGCCCUAUGUAUUGUCGCCUUCAGAAGCCGACAAUCCAUCAUUAGAUGUGCCAUUUUUUGAAUAUGAUCCUAGAGUUUUGGGUAUGGGGGUGGAGUAUAGGCAUGCAGCAAACAUACCUGGAUUUUGGCCAGGCGACUCUCAUACAUUUGGCCUAACUUCGUACCUUCAAACUGGCCACUUGUUAGAAAGGGUUAAACAUUUUCCAGACGUAAAUGACACCAAGGAAGCAUCGCAUCAUCAAGCUAUAUUGUCUUCAUAUGCGUGGCUCCAUUCGCAAGCUAAUCAUUUAGGUUUUACAACUUUCAAUGACAUAACAUACCCUAUGGUUACUCAAACUGUGCUUACUAAUGGAAAGGACUUCCAAUUUUACAUUUAUCAGCUGAACACUAUUUUGUUGCACUCAAAAAAUACCACAGAAAAUCCCAAAAGAAAUAUAUGCUGGGCUAGUGAUGAAUACAAAUUGUAUGAAGGUAUACAAGAAGGAAAACUAAUUGGAUUCAAUGAAGAAGUUUUGAAAAAUUUAGUUAAACUGUAUAGUAAUGCACCUAGUGAACGAUUGGGGGUUAAUUUGAGACCUUAUUUGAGUCAGGAAGAGAAAUUAGCAGCCGAUUAUGAGGAUGAAGAUAAAAGAAGAUGGUUAGAAAAAGAAUACAAAUUCCUUACCUCCAAUCGCCCAAGACUGAAAGAAUUAGAUGAGGUUUAUGCCUGGGAAAAAAUAUACAAAGUUGAUCACAAGACCAGACUUAUGGACAAGAAAAGGCGAUUCUUCGAACUCUUCGAGAAGCCAUGGACACGAACAUUGGAUGCUCGAUUACCAGAAUAUAUUCCCAGAGCGUUACGUCCAGAUUUACCUAGACAUAAGGGAAGGAGGGCUAAAGAAUAUUGGCCUUAGAAUGUUUGCAGUUUGUAAAAAAUAAUUUUAUUAAUAAACAAGAAUAAAAAAACAGAAUUACAUAAAAUUAAACAUUUUUUCAAAAUAGAACAAUACUUAGUAAAGGUACUAGCCUUGAUCCUAAGUUUAUUAAAAAAGUAAAGCUCAUGCGGUUAAUAUUAUUGAAGCUACAAUUACAAUUAAAUACUUAGCACAGGGUUUGUAGAAUUUUUUGUAAAUUGGCAAAAUCUAAUUCUAAAUUGACAAUUCCUGGUUUUUCUUCACUACUCAACUGAGAUUUUGGAAUCUUAACAAAACCAAUAUUCACUGAU